UUGGUGAUCAGAGCCAAUAGAAAGCUUAGUCUUUGAUGAUAUCCCCACGCAGUGCCUGAGAAGAGUCAGUGCUGAGCCUCCAGUGUUCCUUUCAUAUCUGCACCAAAGCUAGCCUGAGACCCUGCAAAGCAAGGCGUGCUCUCUUCAUUCGCAGCUCUUUUAAAUUGAGCUCUUAUGGGCAUCUGCAGCAGCCUGGUUGAGUCAGAACUGAAAGCAGCAGAGGGAGACCACACUUAAUCACUCCAUUGGAUAUAAAAUAACCUCCAGGAUACAGGGAACUGAAGAAAACCCCUCAGCUGGUUGCAGAUCACUUAAGACAGUUGAGCAAAUGCAACACUUCAUCCGAGAUUGAAAAGUCAAAGGCAGAAGAAUAGCUUCAGAUCAUGGACACUAUAGUCCAAAUUCACCUUACUGUCUUAAAUGAAAUGAUACCAGGGCAACACUGAGCAAAAAGCUUUGUCACAGGCUGCUAUAUAUGAUUGGAUAUGGAAUUUUGAGAAGGUGCCAGUUAUUAUCCUUUAAUCCAGGAUGCUCUGGAAACUUGCCUUAUCUGUUUUUCUGGUGGCGGCCUUGGUUAAAGUAACAGAUACCAGGAAAAACCGACCUGCAGGAGCAAUUCCAUCUCCCUACAAAGAUAGCACAAGCAACAACUCGGAGAGGAGGCAGCAUCUGAACAAAGAAGUACUGGCCUCCAGCCAGGAGGCCCUGGUGGUCACUGAGAGGAAGUACCUUAAAAGUGACUGGUGCAAAACCCAACCCCUGCGGCAGACAGUCAGCGAGGAGGGCUGCAUAAGCCGCACCAUCAUCAACCGUUUCUGCUAUGGCCAGUGCAACUCCUUCUACAUCCCCCGGCACGUGAAAAAGGAUGAGGAAUCCUUCCAGUCCUGUGCUUUCUGCAAGCCUCAGAAAGUCACCUCCUUCACUGUGGAGCUGGAGUGCCCUGAGCUGGAUCCACCUUUCAGACUCAAGAAAAUCCAGAAAGUCAAGCAGUGCAGGUGUAUGUCUGUGAACCUCAGCAACUCUGACAAACAGUGAAAGCAAGUAUCUGGCUACUGCUUGGCAUCACCCCAUCGGAUUUGCUGCUGUCUCUCCUCUUCCCUGAGCAGACUCAUUGUCUGGUUUUCUUUCUUCAGGAUGCAUCUCUCUAGCAGGGAAGGCUCACUUGUCAUUUGCCUACUGGAAAUAAAGCUUGGCCUGGGCUAUGUUAGGCACCUUGCCAUAAAACCUCAGCAUAUUUCCGAUCUAAUCAUCUUGCAAUUGAAUCUUUAAGGGUGGAGCCGGCCUCUCCGAAUUUGGGAUUGAUGAUCAUCUAGGUGAGCGAUGGCUGAAUCCAGCAUUUCCCACUAUGUGGGAAAAACCCUCUGCCCUACACUCCAGUCCUUUCUGUGGGAAGAAAAUGUGUCUCGCUACCUUUCCGUCUCACUCAGUGUUCAGUCUGGAGCUUUUCACCUUCCUAUUUAAGUGCUUGGUGCUGCCACCUGCAGCUGUGAGGUGCAGCUUUGGGAUACAGUACAGUGCUCAAAGAAAGGGAGGGGCAGUGAGCCUGAUCCAGGAACUCUCACGUUGGAUGACAGAAUGGCUCUGCACUCCUUGUCUGAGAUGGAGAUAAGCACGGGGAGAGGGAACGUUAGGCCAGCCACAGCUCUCUCAGCAGCCCCUGCUUUUCCGUCAACAGACUGAAGAUGGAUUCUUGUGCUGUUGCAAUUUGACUAUAUCACACACACAGUCUCUACGGCAAUGUUUAUUUUGUAACCUAGCUAUAGUAAAGUUGUUUAAAAUAUUAUUAGACCUAGCCAUGUAUAUUUUUCUUGUGGCAGAAUAUUCCGAAGAUUAGAUUAAAGUGUUUUUGAGUAAAUAGACUUGAUUGCUAGGUCAGUCACCUGACAUGAAACUGACAGGUUUUGAGUGGGCUUUCAGUAGAUUCUGCCUUAGUUUGUUCCGAAACCCAUCCAGUUAUUACUGUGUAUUUAUUCCUGCGAGGGGUGGGUUUGCGGGGAGGGUAUUAAAACAGUUGUAGGAGCAGUAUUUCACUUAAGUUAUUAAAGCAUUGCAGCACAAAGGACAGAUUGCAGUCAUUGUUGCUUUGAAUACAAAAGCUGCCUUACAUAUCAGUUUCUUCAGGUGUCGGGAGUGGCAUCUUCCACACAGCGAAUGGGAAUCAAGUGACCUUUGUCACGUUGAGGGAAGAGUAGGCUAGCAAGUGAUUGUAGAAUGUGGUCACAGCUACAGAAAUGAGAAAGGGUUCUGUCCCAUCCUUUACAAAUUGGGCGGGAAUAAGCUGUUGUAACUACUGCAGCACUGUUGCCCCAUUACAUUUUUGAUAUAGGGGUAUAAUGAAUCGAUGGAUAUUUCAAUUAGUUUAAAGUCCAUAGUAAGUUACUCACUCACCAAACUUUAGCAUGUUUGUAUAUUCAGUAUGUUCCGGUUCAGAUGUCUAAGACCAGUGGCUGUAAUGUCUUCUCUUUAAAUGCAGCAAGUUAAUCAAAGAGCACAGAAACUAAUACAAGAGACUAAUGUGUGACCUUGUUGCAUGUCUUAUAGCUUAGCAUCUGCAAUACUUCUGGGCUAGUGAAAUCAGCCUGUGGAGCACUUCUCUGGCAACGUCUUCAGGAAUGACCAAUCCAAAGGGUUAAAAGUGUUACAAACUGUUGCCAGCUAUGAGUUCAAUGGCAUAGUUCACUAUUAUGCGAGGCAGGCUGCUUUAAGAGGCUUUUGGUACUGAUCUCUGCUAGAGCUCACCAAUCGGUUUAUGGGGAUUGGCACGGGGAGGAUGGGAUCGGGUAGGUAUGUUAUCCCUACAUUGUUACAGCUACGUUGCAUGUAUUUUCUGCCUUGUUGUUACACAAUGUCAGAGCUGCCAAGGGAGAUUCCUAGUCUAGGGCUUGCUUUAGAGGCUGGUACUGCUACACUGUCAGCCAUACAAAUGGGCACUGCUGGAUCUAGGUUAUUGGGAGCUUUUUGACAGUAGAGAGGGAGUUUGAAAUGCCUGCAACCCAUUAGGGUUCUAGGAUUAUGAGUGUGUCCUUGAAGGAAGAGAUUGUAAAGCCAGGCCCAUGUGGUUAAAACUAGAUAGAAAUUCUCUGGGCCCUUCUUAAUUAUAUUAACUCUACAAAUUAUUUAAGGAAAAAAUAUGCAAGAAUGCUUAUUAAGCUACACCCAAGCAGGGUUUCUUACCAACUUGCAAUAUGAAUAUGCUGCAGCAUGAAGCUCCUCCUUGGGGCUGUUUGUAUGUAAAAACUGAAUAGAGCUUGUAAUGGUUCAAACUGUAUUUAAUUCUUGUUUUAUAAAUGAAAACAAAAAAAAUGAAGAAAUGCUAUAAUUAUUUUAUAGGUGUACUGUUAAAUUAUAGAACAAAUAAAGAUACUCUAGGGUUAUAUGGAUUCCAGGUGUGUGGGCUUUGCUUCUAACUUCAGAAUCUCUUACCACUAUUUUAACUGAUGGUGUAUUGGCUCAGUCUCCGGUUCUGCGAGGGCUCCAUUUCGAAUUUGCCACAAGACUCGGACAAAAGACUAUAUGUAUUUGUGCUACCUUGGGAGCGCGUGGGAACAAGACAGUUACAACCUGCUCUUGAGUUACCUUCUUGCUUGGAAAUGAGGAGGGGCAAUAACAUUCACUAGCCCUAUGUGUGGUAAAUAACAUCCCACUCACAAAUGCUGGUUCAGCUAUGCUGGCCAAUGACUUGUGAGGGCGGAGCUAAGGCUCCACCAAUGGCUGGCCUGCCUGUCCACAGAGGCUGUCCUGUGUCAUGCUUCAGCCUACAUGGUGCUACCCACAAUGCAGAUAGCCUUUCUAAGGAAGUAAAGGGAUGCCUUAUGCACUUGCCCUGAUAUUGCAAGGAAGAGAGUGGCCAAGAUUUCUAGUGAUUGGGUUGAACUGGAGAGAAGAUGGUUGCAUAGCAGGUGUCAGGAGUGUGUGGCUCUCCCGCUGCUUGUCAUUUGUCCUCCACAAAAUAAAUUCUUCCAAGUUUAA